AUGUCAUCUCAAAAAGAUGUCCUGGUGCCAAAUGAGUCAGUUGAGGUUCUUCCUCCUGGUCCCACUUUCAAGGAAUUUGAAGGGAAAUAUCAAGCAUCGAAGAAGUCCAAGUCUGUAGUGAUUCCCUCUGUUUCCACUGCCACUAUUGCUGCUCCAUCUUGUGUUGGUCCUGAGACAUCAGAAUUGCUCGCUGUCAAGACUGAUCUUACAAUGAAUAGUUCCAAUUUUAGCAAUCAACACGGUAGUAUGAAGAGAAAACAACAAAGUUCGCAUUCUUCAGGUGGAAAUCUCCUCCAAUCACAUGUUCAACAUGGACCAGUAAAAAGAGUGUGCUUCUCUUUCAAUGAAAACAUACAUGAGUCCACAUACUUCUCACUAGAUGGUGCAAGCUCAAAUAAUGUUAUAAUUCGGUCCAAUGAUGAGGACGCAAACGAAGAAAUUAAAAAGCUCAAACAACAAGUUACCGUUCAUGGACUUAAUCUUGUCCACUCAGUAUACAACACCUUGGAAUUUUGGAAUCCCUUCAUACACAUGUCAAUAUUGUGGUGUCAUUUUAUGAUAGGAAACCGAAUGGAUACACUACUAAGACAUGGGAGGAAGACAGAGAUUGAACACGAAAUCGUUCAUGAAUUAUCUCAAAUGUUGGAUCAGCAUAAUAAUUUGGUCAAAUCCUUUAGAAUGGCAAGGGAUAGAUUCAAAGCACAACCAGAAUCUACGUUUCGUUUACGCCUCCUAAGUAGCAGGACAACAGAUGGUCGUCAAUACAAUAUGCCAAUAUCAUCUGAAGUAGCAGGCUUAAUAGUUGGUGAUUUUAGUGAAGCGAACCUCGAACGUGACGUUGUUGUGGAGCAGCGAACUAAAGGAAUUCAGAGAAUCACAGAUCUGCAUCCAAGUUUCAUGUCUAUGACGUACCCAUUAAUACACCCUUAUGGUGAAGAUGGAUAUAGACUUGGCAUACCUUUGAGAGAUGUAACUGAAAGCUCUUUUAAAAGGCAAAAGUUGACAAUGAGGCAACAUUAUUACUUUAGGUUGCAGCAAAGAUUAAAUGAGGGUCAUACUCUUCUUCGAUCUGGUAGACUACUGCAACAAUAUAUAGUUGAUUCUUACAUGGAAAUUGAAGAAGAAAGAUUUCAUUGCUCAAAAGUGGGGAAAUCAAUUAUUUUGCCUUCGUCACACACUGGGGGACCACGAUAUAGAGUACAAAAUUAUCAAGAUGCCAUGGCAAUUUGUAAAUGGGCAGGAUAUCCUGAUUUAUUUCUUACUUUCACUUGCAACCCAAAGUGGCCAGAAAUAAAUGAUAUGAUACAUUUAAUAGGCCAAAAAGAUGAUAACAAUAGGGUCGAUAUCAUAUGCAGAGUAUUUGAGAUAAAGUUAUUCCAACUAAUGCAUGAUUUGAAAAAAGAACAACCGUUUGGAAAGAUAAUCGCAUGUAUAUACACAAUUGAGUUCCAAAAAAGAAGACUGCAUCAUGCACACAUACUACUUUUCUUGCAUUCGACAUUGAAAAAUCCUUCAGCAGACCAUAUUGAUAAUAUAAUAAGUGCGGAAAUCCCGGACUUAAAUGUUGAUCCUGAUGGUUAUAAUGCCGUCAAUAAAUUUAUGAUUCAUGGACCUUGUGGAAAACUUAAUUCAAACUCUCCAUGUAUGAUGCAAGAUAGGUGCACAAAACAUUUUCCAAAAAAAUUCAAUGAUCAAACCACCAUCGACACAGAUGGCUUACCAGUCUACAAAAGGAGAAAUACAGGGUCUGACAGAACUACUGCAACAAUGGAAUCUAUUGACACUGCCAAAGAAAUAGAUGAGAUAAAAACAUAUUUGGAUUGCAGAUAUAUCUCGGCAACUGAAGCUUGCUGGAGAAUAUUCCAAUUUGACAUACAUUACAGACAGCCAGCAGUUGAAAGAUUACCAUUCCAUUUACCUGGAGAGCACACAGUAAUAUUCGAAGAAAACAAAUGUGUUGAAAAUGUUGUUUGCAUGCCUGGAAUAGAAAAAACAAAGUUCACUCAAUGGCUGGAGGCAAACAAGAAUUAUGAUGAUGCACGAGAGCUAACUUAUUCGGAUUUCCCUAUAAGUUGGGUUUGGAAUUCAAAGGAGAAAACAUGGACUAGGAGAAAAAACGGAUUGGCAAUUGGAAGAAUUUACUUCGUGCAUCCUUCGACUAGAGAACGCUUCUAUUUAAGAAUGUUGUUAAAUUUUGUCAAAGGGAGCACUUCUUAUGAAAGUAUUAGAACAAUAAAUGGGGUGACAUAUCCUAAUUUUAAAGGCGCAUGCUAUGCUUUGGGAUUGUUAGACGAUGAUAAAGAGUGGAUAGAUUGCUUGACUGAAGCUGCAAUAUGGGCAACUGGAAAAGAAUUAAGACAUCUUUUCGUCACGAUACUCAUUCACUGUCAGGUUUCUGAUGCAUCACAACUUUGGAAAUCUAAUUAUAUUGCAUUGUCAGAAGACAUAACUUCAUUGCAAAAGAAGAGAUUUAGAAUGAAUGAUCUUAAGUUAACUAAACAACAAGUUGAAGCAUACACAUUGUUCGAGAUUGAAAGUAUCAUGCUGAAGAUGGGAAAAAGUUUGAAAGAUAUAGAUGGAAUGCCCCUGCCUAAUCCAUCUUUGAUAAGAGACUCGGGUAAUAGAUUGGUUAAUGAAGAGCUUGAUUAUGACCGAGAUCAAUUAAAGAUAUUGCAUGAGAAAUCAUUUGCUGCUCUAAAUCCUUGCCAAAAAUCAGCUUAUAAAGCAAUAGUACAUUCAGUAGAGAAUGAACAAGUCUUGCCUGUAGCAACUUCAGGCAUAGCUGCUUUGUUAUUGCCUAAUGGUAGGACAGCUCAUUCACGAUUUUAUAUUCCCUUGAAUGUUACAGCAGAGUCGACUUGUGAAUUUCGACAAGGCACCCUACUAGCUGGACUUCUUAUGAAAACUUCUUUGAUCAUUUGGGAUGAAGCACCUAUGGCAAAUAAGUUUUGCUUUGAAGCUUUGGAUAAGACCUUAAGAGAUAUUCUAAGAACAAGGUUUGAAAAUAGCUCUAACAAACCUUUUGGAGGACUUACAAUAGUGUGUGGUGGUGAUUUCCGACAAAUAUUACCAGUUGUCCCAAAAGGUACAAGAGAUGAUAUUGUUGAUGCUUCUCUUAACUCGUCAUAUUUGUGGCCAUUUUUUAAAAUAUAUGAGCUCAACCAAAAUAUGAGGCUAUAUAAUGGAAGCUUGACUGGUUUUGAGGCUGCUAAAAUAGCUUCUUUUGACAAAUGGAUGUUGCAGAUUGGAGAUGGUUCAUUAUAUGAUGACAUUGAUAAACAAUUAAUUAAGCUUCCUUCUGAUAUCGCCAUAAAUCCAUCUCAAGAUCCAAUGAAAUCCAUAAUUAAAGUUAUCUACCCAUCACUUUUACAAAAGUACAACGAUCCUACAUAUUUGACAGAAAGAGCAAUAUUAACACCAAAAAAUGAAAUGGUCUAUGAACUAAAUGAGAUGAUUAUGAAUAUUAUACCAGGUGAAGGGAGAACAUAUUUUAGCUCAGACAGUAUAUGCAAAGCAAGUGUAAAGACAAAUGAUGAAGAUCUUUUGUAUCCAGCUGAAUUUUUGCAUGGUUUGAAAUUUAAUGGCAUCCCUAAUCAUGAGAUGCGACUUAAGGAAGGUGCUCCUGUAAUGCUCCUUAGAAAUCUAAACCAAACAUAA